CCGGCCCGUCCCGGGCCGCUAACGCGGAACACGCGGCCGAAGCCGCGCCGCCGGCAUUACGUCGCGCACCGUCGACCGCGGCUGACGUUCGCGUCGGACGUUCCUCUCUCCGAUCGACUUCCGCUCGACCUCAUCGUGACCACCGGAUGCCCGGAGUGUUCCCCGCGGGAACAGGUUGUCCGAUACAGUCUCCUGCCGGUCCAUCGGGUCAGGAAACAGCCCGGCACACAAGUGAAACGAAGCCCCGUGUGAUCCGCCGGAACGCAGAGCCUCCGGGGCGAGGCAACAACCUGUAGGAUCCGUCGCGUCGGGAGCGUGUUUACUCGGAUCGCGUCGGUGAUUUCUUGAGACGUUGAUCACGUGGCCGACCAGUGACACCAACAUCGAGCUCGGAUCGGUCCGCGAUCGGUCCGAGAUCGUGGCACCAGUGAGAGCGGGGCCCCAAGAUCGAACCGAGAGCCCGAGGAACGAACCCGUCUGCCAUCUUCCGCCGGUUGUCCCACUUUCAUCGUCGUGACAAAUGUCGAUCGCGGACAGAGUGAUGAAGAUCGUGGAGAGGAAAGAUCGUGGAGACGGAUCGUGAUUAGCCGGGGCCCGAUGAGACGAUGACGAGCUGGUCGGUAAGUAAGGCUGAUCGACGGGCGCAGAAGCACCGGUAGUCGCCAGAACCGGAAACUGGAAACCGGGAGACGGAAACCGGAAGCCGGAAGCCGGCUGCUGGAUAGGAGCUGGAGGACUCCUUCAGAGGAGGCGAGUGAAAGCCACGACGUCCUGCCCGGAGGGUGCGUGUUUGGGCGACGAGGGGCGGCUACUGGCCGAUGGGAUGCAUCUACCGGUGGGUUCCGUGGGUUGCGGGGAGAAUUACGCCACCGUUGGGUCCCACGAAGGCGCCGGCCCCUGCGGCCCCUCAUUGGCGCCGCUGCAAGGGGUGAACACCAGGUACCAGCAGGCCGAAGACGCCGACGCUGGGGGUGGUGGUGGCGAGAUGAGCGAGGGUGCCGCCGUCGGCGAGCUCUGGUGGACCGAGAGGCUCGUCGGCGAGGCACAGGCUGAACACCCUGGCGAACUCGUUCGAACAGGAUCGCCGUAUUUUCUCUGCAGCCAACUGCCGACUCAUUGGCGGUCGAACAAGACGCUUCCGGUGGCAUUCAAAGUUGUCGCCCUGGGCGAGGUCGGAGAUGGAACCUUAGUGACAGUGCGAGCGGGGAACGACGAAAACUGUUGCGCCGAGCUCAGGAAUUCCACCGCUUUGAUGAAGAACCAAGUCGCCAAGUUCAACGACCUCAGGUUCGUCGGCAGGAGCGGCAGGGGGAAGAGCUUCAGUAUCACGAUAACGGUGUCAACGACGCCCCCGCAAGUGGCAACCUACACCAGAGCGAUCAAGGUAACGGUGGACGGACCGAGGGAGCCACGCUCCAAAACGAGGCAAAAUUUCAUUUUUGUUCCAGGACAGACACACAUUCCGGGCCUGGCGCGGGUUCCCGCGUUGCCCCGGGUCCCUGGACUGUCGAGGGGGGCCUUCCCCGACGCGCCGAGCCCUUUCACCCCCUACCUACGAGACCCGGAGCCGUACCGUAGGAAUAAGCAUCACAUCGGCAACAACGUCACCGCGAAUUCGGUUAGUGGUGCCUGCACCAACCCCAACAACACCGACCCGACCGCAUCGCCCGCUUCCAGUACACACCUCGGGGCUACCGGCGGCUCCUCGGCUCAUCAGGAUUGCUACAAGCACAGCCCUCAACACGGUGAUACGAGUACAGGGACGACAGAGUGGGCCUAUUCAUCGUCGGCGCCGUCUUAUCCAGCACCUCCAGUGAGCAGCGGUGGUUCCUUUUCGCCAAUCCCUGGUGGAGCAUUCUCGUACCCUGGUGAACCCCUCUCUCAUCAUCCUACCACGGAACCCAUGCCAUUGCCGACUGUGCUUCCCUCGGAGAACCAGCAGGACACCUACACGCCGAACUGCGUGUCGAUGUACCCGGGCCACGCUGCAUCGUCCUCUUCGUUACCCCUGGUGCCCAGCAAGUCCAGCGACCCGGACAUCUUCGCCGGCGGAGGUACCGGAAGCGGUAGUCCUGGCUACCAUUACAGUUCCUGGACCCCAGGACCCGUCACCCCGGUCCCAGUUGCCUCGCACAACUACAACCCGAACUACCAGGGCUACUACAACAACCCCAGUCAAAACUACAUCAGUCCGGCGCCGAUGGUCCUCUGUCCCCAGCUGUACAGCACCGUGAACCAGAACCAGAUUCAUCUGCACCUGCACGGCGACCUCAGCGACGAGCAGGUCACCAUCGCCGGCAGCAAUCUGACCAUCAGCAGCAACAGACUGGAGAUCGGGGUGCUCGGCGAAGAGAACGAGCAGAGGAACGACGUCUGGAGACCUUACUGAGCGUAUCCUGAAAAAGUUGGGACUCCGUUGGGACUCCUUGGUGAAGACUUUGAAUUCGGCGGAUGAGGACGGUCGAAAUUAUACCCGGUGUUUAAUUGUGAUAUCGACGAUGUGUACUAGGUCUCGAAGAGACUUCCGAGGACUUUGGUGGUGAUUCGGAGUGUAACGGUAUAGAUGACAGGCGACUCUAAGAGUCGGCUGGAACGGUGAUGUCGAGUGUUUCCGAGCGAACUGAUCGGAUCCGAGAGUGAUCGGUGUCUCGAGGACGCGUUCGACGAGGUUGAUAGUCAUGUAACGUUGUAAAUACACAGAUAUUUUCCAUGAAAUAAAGUCUUGCCUGAACAGGUUCCUGAA